AACAAUUAAUAGCUUCAGUCGACCCCAGGCCGUCGUCGUGGUUGCGCGGUUUUUUUGUGUGCUGCUUCGCAGAGUAAGAAGAGAGAGAUACCCACCGUGUGCUGUAGCGGCGGAUUUUCGAUCCCCGACCCCGUCGUCAUCGUGGUCGUUCAGGUUGUUUUGUUCCGUGUGCUGUGCGUGAUUCGAUGCCCGAUUCGGAUCUUCCGUUGGACGACGGUGUGUCCUGUUCGGGGGUGUCCGCGUGAAAGCAAAACAAAGUGUGCUAUAAGAUUAAUCUCCUCCCGGGUAUUCUGGUGCCUAGAAGUCCCUAACGAGUGGCAGCGGAGAUUCGUUGCCUGCCGUAUUGCACGGUUGAACCUAAUCCAAGCGCUCCAAGGUAGCGGCGUAGCGCUGUCGUGUUUCCGUGAGAACACAGUGCAGUGGUGCAGAUUGCAUCGUAGAAAAAGUGCGGAAAGCAGUGUUUGCAAGACCCGCUUGUGGCGAAGGAUACUUUUUCACCGGUUUUUGGGUUUGCGAGGGAGUGACAGCAGUGCAGUGAACCAGUGAUUUGAUCAGGAACCGUAAGUUACGGUUUCACCACCUUUAUCAUGCAAAGUGCUAACCGAUUAGAGUAGCGAAGAGCGAAUCAAACAAAAUCUAUUGGCAAUCGUGCCAGUGUGAAAUCUUGGCAAGAAUCAAACUGGAUUGGAAAAAAGAUUAAAAUGGCUUCGAAUGUGAGCCCCCGUAGUUAUCAAAGAUAUGGUGAUUAAGGUGAACGCGUAUCACGGUACUGAAUCUGAAUCUACGCCGUGCAGGCAGAAGUUCGGACUGCCAGCCGAAGCGAUUUGAAGUGACAAAAAACCAAGUGUACAAACGAAGAAUUGAUUAGUGCUACGCAGUAUCGUCUAACUUGUUAAAAAAACCUAGUGCACGCAAGUCGUGCACCCGUCGUGUUAUCAGCCAGUGUAAAACAACACCAGUGCUAACAAAAGAAAGUGAACGAAGAUGAUGGAUGCAUCGGCAGUGGAGGCCCGCGGCUGGUACGACAACCAGCGGCUAGCGGCGGAGAGUUCGCUGGGCCCGUCGGCAGCUGCAGCGGCGGCUGCGGCGGCCUCGCUCGGACAGCAGUCCGGUGCCGGAGCCGGCGUCGAUACGUCCGACAUGAAUGCAUUCUAUCGGUUCGAGAACGGUGCAGCGGCGGCCGCAGCGCACCGGCGGUACUAUCCAACGGGCUACGGAACGCACGCCUCCCGGAUGUCACCGCACAUGACCCCCCAGGUAUGCCGGCCGCACUUUCCCAGCCCGCUGUCCUGGUUCAACGAGUCCACGAAACCGUUCGCGGCCAGCGGCAGCUGGAGUAGUCCGUUCAGCUGUCCCCAGGACCCGCAAGACGGCAAGCAGAGCCAGCUGCAGGCCAGCCAAUCUGCUGCCGCCGGUCAGCAUUUGUUCUCGUUCCCGCCCACUCCGCCAAAGGACUCGACACCGGACUCGGUGCAAACGACACCGACCGAGUACCAAACCACCCUGAACAGCUUUAUGCACCAGAGCCAGACGUCGUCGUCCAGCGGGCUGAACGCGGCCGGUUCCGGUUCCAACAACAACUCCAGCCUGUCGUCCCAGGCGGACAACUGUGGAAUCGACGUGAAACCCUGCCUAACUGGAGGAUCGCUCAGCGAUCGGACCGGAGUGUCCGACGUGGAGCAGAACCAGCCAAAACAUCGGGAAGGUACGAACGGCAAUAGCAAUAGCAACAACAACAACAACACCAGCUCCGGGUCCAGUGCCAAUAGUCAUGGGGGAAGCAGUAGUAGUGCCACCAGUGGGGCGUACCACAAUGCUGCCAAUUCGUUCGGCAUGUUCGACCAGACGCACGGCAGCGGCGGGUACGACCACACCGGGGGCUACGGGUUCCACCAGAGUGGCCACGGGAUCGGUGGGGGCGGUAGUGGUGGCGGCGGCGGCGGCGGAGGUCUCGGUAGCAAUGCGGGAUCGUACCAGCAAAGCUCCCGGCCUCCGCUCAUGAACAGCUCCCACAUGAAGGCGCAACGGGCCAAAGUGAAAUCCAGUGCCGAAGGCCGAGAGUGCGUCAACUGCGGUGCCACCUCUACGCCCCUAUGGCGGCGGGACGCCACCGGUCACUACCUGUGCAAUGCCUGCGGGCUGUACUACAAGAUGAACGGCCAGAACCGGCCGUUGAUCAAACCGAAGCGGAAACCAGUUACCUCCCAGCAGAGUGCUGCCCGGCGGGCGGGAACAUCGUGCGCCAACUGCAAAACUACAACAACUUCGCUGUGGAGGAGGAACCAAAGCGGAGAACCAGUUUGCAAUGCCUGUGGACUGUACUACAAGUUGCAUAAUGUGGACCGACCACUCACGAUGAAGAAGGAAGGCAUCCAAACGAGAAAUCGCAAACUAACGGCCAAAUCGAAGAAACGGAAAUCGACACCCGGCUACAGUUUUUCUUUCGGUGAUCUCAUGAACCCCCUGGACCACAACAAGUCCUUCCCAGGAGCGUUCCCAACGUCGAUGGGACAACACGCCCAUCUGUCCGGUGGACUUCAUCCUGCCCAUUCACACAUGCACAGCGGAUGGUACACCACAGGACUGGGCUCGCUCGGCUCGUCCAGCAGUCUACAAAAUGGUUUUAGCAGCGCGGCUCCACUUGGAGGGGGAGCUGUAGGGCAUCCGCAAUCCGCGUACCACCUGGGGCUGAAUUCGAUGAGCUGGCGAUCGGAAUACACGUGACUAAUGGGCCAGUAAACCCGGAACCGAAAUCAAAACCGUACCACCACCGUCACCGCUUCUCAAGGCCACGACUGCAGUCCAACGGGGAGGCAUGUCGCCAUUUUUUCUGGUGGCUGCGAUCAAGUAAAGAGAAGCAAACCAAACACGGGUUUUCCAACACACACAAACACUUCAACAUACAUACUUGGCUUCUGAUUAUACCCGAGCGAUCGGCCAAGGACACGCGCAGCAAUACGUUUGAUAUUAGUACAAUUUUAGAUUUUCAACUAAAUCCCUGGAACCAUUCCUCGUCCCCCGUCAUCACCCCCAAAUUCCCGCGCAACCUACCAAGUACCAACGAUAAUUACCGUUGAUUUAUGACCGACCGCUCAUCAGCGGUUCCAGCAAACAUCCCCCACGCCGGAUGAGCGAACUCCUAAUCGCAAAAAUAUCGCACUGACGGUAAUUGAAGCUUUGGCACUAACGAGUGGGUGUGGCGCUUUUCUCUGCUCGGAAAGCAUGUCUUCGGUUGCUCACCUAUUCCAUCAAUCCAGCCAGGAAAUGAGCCCGGCAGAUCACAAAUCACGAAACGCAUAAACUCCUGCGCUGCCAGCGGUUCUCAAUUUGCUUUUUCUAUCUGAAACUUGAAUCACUUCUUGGCCAUGGUCUCGUCAAGAGUAAUGUGUUUCAAUUCAACAGCUUGAGAACCACUGUACAAACUGCCAAAGACAACCACAACCUAAAUCAAGCUCAGUCAAGUAGAGCGAUGGAGCCUGAUGAAAAACCGUCUAUCUGUUCGUUAGCGCCAUCAACGGAAAAACACCCAAAUCUGUCAAAACAGCUGCUAAAAAUGUGCACUUAUCAGAUCGCUGAAUCGCCUAAAUUACGCGGUGCGCAUUUUUUGAUAGAUAGAAGAGUUAUGACUCCCCGGUAUCGUUCCCCCACAUCCCCUCCUCCCGACUGUGUCCCAUUUCCUGGUUUCAUGACGCCUCAUACCCAUCAGCCAGCCCACUUUCAAACUGUACAACCAAAUACAGAAGAGAAAAAAAACCUGUGAAGGAAAAGUGUUUGUAACAUAUAUAAAUAAUAACCACCAGCAACCCACCGACCAGAAGAAAAAGGGAAAAUACAAACGCGAACCGUGGCCCUGUCACGGCUCGCUGGGUUCGCUGUCAAAAAGUGCAAAGAUUUAGAUAGUUUAGACUCAUCUUAGGUUCAUUGUCGUGCAAGCGAUCAAAGUUUUUAUUUUAUUAUAUUUUAUUUUAUUGCCUAAUAUUAUGAACUGUAUUAAUAUUAUUGUCUAAAUAUUAUUAUAUUAUCAUCUGUUGUAGCUCGAAAUUGAGUUAGUUAGCACAAAUUGAGGCAGAGACAAAUGCAACAAGCUAGAGAAAUGAGAACCGAACUGGUUUGUACACUAAAAAGUCAAAGACUGUUGCAUGGGAAAAAGUUUAAACUUUGUAAAAAUAUUUGUAUAAAAUAUGCGAAAAAUGAAGAAUUUAUAAAUAACAAACAAAAAACAGAAAAUAAAAUCAAUGGUUCACAUUGUAAUAAAAAACUACUUGUACAAAGUGUAUAUUGAAUAUUUGAAUGGACAAAUAGCUACGUAGGAUGAUGUAAAUACAAACUAAAUAAAGAAAAUCUUAUAUGAAUGGAAUGAACCCUUAAUGUAUAGACUCAGCGCUCAAUAUGGAACACAGAAAAUAUCCAAUUUUAAAAAUAGACCUACAGAACAGAAAAACCAGAUUCAAAAAAUGUAUCUAAAAAUAGCAUGAAACAAUGAACCCUUUUUUUCUUAGUGCAUCAGUUUGUUUUUUUUUUCUAUCAUGGGAAUAUCGACUUCUCCUAUAGUAAUUGGAAUGUGAACCCACUGCCAUAAAGAAAGAAAAAUUAUUUAAAUAAUUGUUGUGAUCUAUUGUGAUAAGGAGGCAUACACACACAUAAAUAAAAUCGAAAAAUCUGUGAAUGAUAAAAAAAAU